CAGACGCGUUGACAACAUCGACUUCCACUAAACCUCCCCAUCAAUCAACACAUCUUCACUGAGAGCGCCCGCAGAUAGCUCUCUUGAUUGCCACUUGUAUCAGCCCGCCGGAUCGAUCGUCCGUCUCACCAUCGAGCAGCGACAACACUAUCAACACACCCGAGCUCUCGUGAUCGUCAGAGAUGGCGAAGGAGGCGGAGAAGCCCAAGGCCGUCGACAAGGGCAAGGGAAAGGCUGAAGAUGGCAAACAGGCCAACGGCGUCAAUGGCGCCAAGGCAAAUGGCAAGGAUGGCAAGAAGGACAACGACCUCGAUUUGCCGCCAGAGGAGUUGAGCGAAGAAGACCAGAAGCUCAAGGAUGAGCUGGACAUGCUCGUGGAGCGACUAACAGAGUCCGACUCAUCGCUGUACUCCGCGGCACUUGAAGCCAUCAAGACGAGCAUCAAGACAUCGACCAGUUCGAUGACAGCCGUGCCAAAGCCGCUCAAGUUCCUCCGACCACAUUACGAGAAGCUCACCGAAGCAUACGAGAAGUGGCCAAAGAGCCCCGAAAAGGACUCACUCGCCGACACACUGUCCGUAUUGGGCAUGACAUAUUCCGAUGACGAGGAUCGACGGGACACCUUGAAGUACCGACUGCUCGCGCCUGGCACAGACAUCGGCUCAUGGGGCCACGAGUACAUGCGCCAUCUCGCGCUAGAGAUCGGGCAAGAGUACGAAGUCCGACAGCAGGAGGAGAAAGAUUCCGAGGACAUCACAUCUUUGGCGCUGACGCUCGUGCCCUUCUUCCUCAAGCACAAUGCCGAAGCCGACGCCGUCGACAUUCUCUCCGAGCUCGAAAUGAUCGAGCAUAUCAAAGAGCAUCUCGACGAGAACACGUACAGCCGCGUGUGCCUGUACAUGGCAUCGAUGGUGCCGCUCCUCACAUAUCCUGACAACGAUCGCUUCCUUCGCACUGCACACGAUGUCUACUUGCAGUACAAACAAUACACGCAAGCCAUCUCAUUAGCGAUCAAGCUCAACGAUCUUGAGCUCAUCAAAUCCGAUUUCAACUCUGCGCCCGACAAGACCACAAAGCGUCAACUCGCUUUCCUUCUUGCCCGACAGCGGAUAUCGAUCGAGCUAGAAGGAGAAGACGCCGGGGAUGAGGAGCUGCAAGAGUGCUUGAACAACACACGUUUGCCUACCUAUUACAAAUCUUUGGCGAAAGAGUUGAACGUAUUGGAUCCGAAGGUACCGGAGGACAUCUACAAGUCACACCUGGAGUCGAAUCGCACCGCAGGCUUGACCAACACAGAUUCAGCGCGGCACAACCUUGCGUCAACAUUUGUCAACGCUUUUGUUAACGCUGGUUUCGGCGAAGAUAAGCUGAUGCUGGUGGAAGGUGGUGUCAAGCAGAGCUGGGUGUGGAAGGUGAAAGAGGAGGGAAUGCUUUCAGCUGCAGCAUCUGCCGGUCUACUUCUCCUGUGGGAUGUUGAGCUCGGUCUCGACAAGAUUGACGCAUAUACAUACGUCUCUGAGGAUAAGAUCAAGGCCGGUGCGGCAUUGGCCAUGGGCGUCAUGAAUGCAGGCGUGAAGGUUGAAGGCGAUCCAACUCUCGCACUCCUGGGAGACUUUGAGGGCAAGACUGUCGCCGACAAGGUUGCUCGCAUCCUCGGUCUGGGCCUGGCAUACGCAGGCUCAAACAACGAGGGAGUUCUCGAAGUCCUCCUUCCUCUCGUUAGAGACACUGGGUUGGAGAUGCAGUUGUCUGCGAGUGCGGCGCUGUCUCUGGGCCUCGUAUUUGUCGGCACAGCGCACUCGGAUGUCAGCGAAGCUAUUAUCGAGACUUUCCUUGAUGAAGAUCGUAACAAGCAGCUCAAGGACAAGUGGACGCGCUUCAUGACAUUAGGCCUUGCAGUGUUGUACUUCGGACAGCAGGAAGAGGUCGAUGUCAUUCUUGAGACACUGAAGGCUAUCGAUCACCCGAUGUCCAAGCCUGCAUCCGUGCUCAUCGAGAUGUGCGCAUGGGCAGGCACCGGUGCUGUGCUCAAGUUGCAACAACUUCUCCACAUUUGCAACGAGCACAUCGAGGACAAGGAUGACAAGGAUGAUGAGGACAAAGAGGAAGAGAAGAAAGAGGGCGACGAGAAGAAGGAUAUUGCCGGUGAACAACUGGUCCAGGCAUAUGCUGUGCUCGGUCUGGCUCUAGUGGCCAUGGGCGAAGACAUUGGCCAGGAGAUGGUCCUCCGACAGUUCGGUCACUUGAUGCACUACGGUGAGCCUAACAUACGGAAAGCUGUGCCUCUUGCGAUGGGUCUCAUCAGCGUGUCGAAUCCUCAGAUGAAGAUCUAUGACACCCUCUCUCGGUACUCACAUGACAACGACGUUGAUGUUGCAGUCAACGCAAUCUUCGCCAUGGGCAUGGUUGGUGCUGGCACAAACAAUGCUCGUCUCGCACAGCUUCUCCGACAGCUUGCAUCAUAUUACCACCGAGAUCCAAGUGCGCUGUUCAUGGUCAGAAUUGCGCAAGGUCUGCUGCACAUGGGCAAGGGAACACUGUCCAUCAGCCCCUUCCACACAGACCGAACUGUCCUCUCAAGAGUCUCGGCCGCUGGUCUGCUCACCGUUGCCAUUUCACUCAUCGAGAACCCGAAAGCAUUCAUUCUGGGCGAGCACCACUACCUGCUGUACCAUCUAGCUAUUGCUAUGAACCCUCGCUUCCUCAUUACACUCGACGAGGACCUCAAGCCCGUACAGCUCAACGUUCGUGUGGGUCAGGCAGUCGAUGUUGUUGGACAAGCAGGACGACCGAAGACAAUCACCGGCUGGCAGACACAAUCAACACCCGUACUGCUUGGACACGGCGAGCGCGCAGAGCUCGAAGACGAGGAAUGGAUCUCAGUCGCGAACACAUUGGAGGGUGUAUGCAUAGUGAAGAAGAACCCGGAUUGGGAAGCGCCGUAGAACACGCUACCAAUGCAAAACCUUGUUCGCUUUCUUGAAACGAUCCCAAGCAACAAGGGCACGAGUCGUCUCGCCGAAGCUUACAGAUUCGUCCACUCACUCAUGGAAGCCCCAGAUCCAUGGCAGGCUGUCGCUGCGGCUUACAAAGACGAAGAGCGUCCUGUAACUCGCGAUGAAGUCUACAGAGCAUUUGGCGGUAAUGUCGUGAGGUUGAGAAAUCACUUUGAUGACCGUCUUGCUGGAUGGCGAUGGGACUCGGUUAUUGUGGAAAUGCUGAAAAGUCAAGAGUGGCAUGAACGUAUACGACUAGAGUUGAAAGAGAAGAAGGAGAAGAAGACAGAAGAUGAUGGUCAUGAUGAUAUGAAUGGGCAUCGGGAUUAGAUUGGCUGGCUUGCUGAUCUGUCUUUCUCUCUCUGCGCUUCUUCGAUUACUUACUUGGUCUGCACCUUUCCCUCAUGCAUCCACGUUGGUAUUCACAUUCGUAUAGGCAUAGAUGAGUACAAUAGUGAUGUUGUAUGGUAUAUUGUAUCAUUGGC